AUGCCCCUGGCUCCCUUGCAAGAACUGCAGCUCCUGGCAGUAUCGGUCAAUGGCCUGGAAUUAGAAACCAUUGACCAAAGGUUGAAACGGCAUGUUUCAGCCAUCGGUUCAGUUUCUGGAAAGGGGAGCUGCUGUUCUACCCAGAAACUCAGCAAGGAAAACUCUGAAAACCAUGAGGAAAAUGAAAACAUGCAGCAGAUACAUCGAAGCUGCACGGAUGCCUUUGAUGAAUGUCCCGAUUGUGUGAAGUCAAACUCAGAUUUUGCAGAAGAGCUUCAAUGUAUGAUCAAAGAAGGCUAUGAUGCCCAGGCCAAUCAGUACGGCUACGUGAAUGUCACGGACAUGAAAGCCAUGGGAAAGUUGGCGGAGUUCCUGACCUUGGAACCCGACGUGGUCAGCAAGGAGAUGAAGGCUCUGGAUUUUGAUGCCAAUAACCUGGUGUCCUUUGCAGAGUUCGUUCUUUGGGCUGACAAGCACACCAUUGGAAUUCC